AGCCUUCUCCUGUGAAUUUGGGGUUCUUCUGGUGAGUGGUCCUUUGUGGGACUCCUAUGAACUCAAACUUACUGGGAUGUCUGGAGUAGAGACUCCCUCCUUAAUGCUUCCCGAGUGCAGUCUCAAAACGGGCCAAGCUGAAGCUCAGAAGUAAGAGGACUCCAUCUUGUCCGUGGCUGGUCUGGCGCUGGACCACGUUUCCCAGAGUCCACAGCGGCCUGACGUUACGUCUUUCUUGACGUCGUGACGAGAUCGUUAGCUCCAUAAGGUCCCGGACGCGACCAGAGGAGACCGAAGACUCUUAAUUGUCCAGGAGAAAACUCCAGAUAAACCAAAGAUCAAACAGUUCUAAAAGCCAUGGCCCAGGGGUUGGUGACAUUCAGGGAUGUGAUCAUAGAGUUCUCUCAGGAAGAAUGGAAAUGCCUCGAACCUGCCCAGAGAGACUUGUACAGGGAUGUGACUUUGGAGAACUUCAGUCAUUUGGUCUCACUAGGACUUUCCAUUUCUAAACCUGAUGUCAUCUCCUUAUUGGAGCAAGGGAAAGAGCCAUGGUUACUUGCAAAUGAUGUGACAGGACCAUGGUACCCAGACUUGAAGUCCAGGUGUGAGACAUUUCCACAAAAAGAUAUUUUUGAAAUAAAGUCAUUCAAUUGGGAGGUCAUGGAAAGCCUUAAAUAUUGUGAUCUUCAGGGCUCCGGUUUUAAAGAUGACUGGGAAUGCAAAGGGCAGUUUGAGAGAGAACAAGUAAAUCAGGAAUGUUAUUUCAAGCAAGUAGAAAUCGCCUAUGAAAACAUCUCCACUUUGGAGCAUCCCACAUCUCUCACUCUACCUCAGCGCAGUGGGACCAGUAAGAAACUGAUUGAAUGUAAUGAAUGUGGGAAGGCAUUUGGCCGGGGCUCACACCUUAUUCAACAUCAGAAAACUCAUACUGGUGAAAAACCCUUUGAAUGUAAGGAAUGUGGGAAGGCCUUUAGUCGGGCCUCACACCUUGUUCAGCAUCAGAGAAUUCACACAGGUGAGAAACCUUAUGACUGCAAGGAAUGUGGGAAAGCCUUUGGUCGUACUUCAGAACUUAUUCUACAUCAGAGACUUCAUACUGGUGUGAAACCCUAUGAAUGUAACCAAUGUGGAAAAACUUUUAGGCAACAUUCACAACUUAUUCUGCAUCAAAGAACUCAUACAGGUGAGAAACCCUAUGUAUGUAAAGACUGCGGGAAGGCUUUUAUUCGUGGCUCACAACUAACUGUUCAUCGGAGAAUCCAUACAGGUGCUAGACCCUAUCAGUGUAAAGAAUGUGGGAAGGCAUUUAGACAGCAUUCACAGCUGACCGUUCAUCAGCGUAUCCACACUGGGGAGAAACCCUAUGAGUGUAAGGAAUGUGGAAAGGGCUUUAUCCAUAGCUCAGAAGUUACUCGACAUCAAAGAAUUCAUUCUGGGGAGAAACCCUAUGAAUGUAAGGAAUGCGGGAAGGCAUUCAGACAGCAUGCACAGCUUACUCGACAUCAGAGAGUUCAUACUGGAGACAGACCCUAUGAAUGUAAGGACUGCGGCAAGGCUUUUAGUCGCAGUUCUUACCUUAUUCAACAUCAAAGAAUUCAUACAGGUGACAAGCCCUAUGAAUGUAAGGAAUGUGGGAAAGCUUUUAUUCGUGUUUCACAGCUGACUCACCAUCAGCGAAUUCACACUUGUGAGAAACCCUAUGAAUGCAGGGAAUGUGGAAUGGCCUUCAUUCGCAGUUCACAACUUACUGAACACCAGAGAAUUCAUCCUGGCAUCAAGCCUUACGAAUGUAGAGAAUGUGGGCAGGCCUUUGUUCUUGGCUCACAGCUCAUUGAACACUACCGAAUUCAUACUGGUUAGAGUGUUAGGGAUGCAGAAAGAUUCUGUGUGGAAUUCACACCUGGCUCAGUAUUAGGUAAUUUUUAAUGUAAUUAAAGACUUGAUUUGUCACUUUCAUUAUGGAAUAUCAGAGAACUCAUACCAGAAGAAAAUUCAAUAAAUGUGGGAAUUCUUUUUGCCUCACUCACUGUUUAUUAAAUAUCAGAGAAGCUGUGCUUAAAAAGAAAAGGUUAAUAUGAAUGUAGAAAAGCCUUCUGUUACUAUUCAAAACUAUGUUAAACUUCUGAGAUUUCCAAAUAGAAAGUGACUGAAUUAGAAUAUUUUGUGGCUGGGCACAGUGGAGCAAGCCUAUAGUCUCAGCUACUCACAAGGAUAAGGCAGAAGGAUCUCUUGAAUCCAAGAGUUGGAGACCAACCUCAGCAACAUAGCAAGACCACACCUCCAAAAAAAAAAAAAAGAUUUUUGUGAAUGUGCCUUUUGUCUUUUGUCAUGGCACAGAUCUUACUU